UUGUCCCAGAAAGAAACCACACGUAGAGGGCGUUGUUAACUUUCGAAAUGGCGCUCAAGGAAUCAGAAGCUGCAAAAAUAGCACAGGAUUCGGGAUCUCGAUCUUCAGAAUCAAGUGAUGAAGCCAUUGGGUUGUGUAAAAUAAGUCCUCUGACAUCCUCAAGUUUUAAGGGGAAAACUGAACCCAAGCUCGAGGAUAAAAAUGGCAAUAAAAAUGAUGAUGAUGAUGAUGAAGAUGAUGAAGAUGAGCUAGUCAUCGAUGAGGGAAAAUCACCUCCUAAAGAACAUCAUGAAGACAAGAAGGAGAAGCCAGAGUACAAAAGACAGGUAUCAACGCCCUUGAAGAAGAGGAAAGUGUCGCUUGCAGAGGAAGAACCGGUACCUACGCCUGCUCCUGCUGAAGAUGAGACACUGGAUGUAGAAGAGGAGCCCACGAUAGAUCCCAUUACAUUUGGCCUACCCACAGGAUGGACGCGGAAGAUCACAGAAAGAAUGUCUGGGGCAUCUGCUGGAAAAUUUGAUGUGUACCUCACCAGUCCGGAGGGAAAGCGAUUAAGGUCUAUGAAGGAAGUGGCCGAUCACCUUGAGAAAACAAAUUCAACCUAUACAAGCGCAGACUUUAUUUUCAAACCUAAGAAUCUCAAACCCAGUGCUAUACCCGCUGCACUGAGAGUGCCAACUAAAUCAGAAACGAGACCGGCCAAGCGUUCGCCUUCCAAGACACCUACAAAGCGACUGAGCUCAGCAGAUAAAAAAGAAAUUGCAAAGAAAGCAAAAGUAGAAAAGGUUAAAGCUGUGAAGGAAAAGAAGAAGAGGAGCCCAUCAAAAAGUGCCACGCUUCAUAAACAGAAAGAGAAAAAGCUGCGGCUUGUGAGAAAACCACCUCCUGAAAAGGCAAGUGUGAAAGCGAGCAAGCAGCAGAAAUUUCAGAGACUUCUUGUGAAGAUAAACUUCCAGCAGAAAGGUGUUGAGGAUAGUGAUUUGGACAGUGAAGAGGAGGAAGAGGAAGAUUCUUUUGACGAAGGGAGCGAACCAGAGGAGGAGGAGGAAGAGAUGGAGGAGAGCCCAAAGACAACACCCAAAAAGAGUCCUAGAGCUCAGAAGACUGAAAACGCUUCUCACCGUGUCACCCGUUCCCGCUCUGCACGAUUAGGUACAGCGACGGCGAACUCCACAACGACGACGACCUCCACCACCACGAGGAAGAGCCCGUACUUCGGUAGGAAGAAGGUCGUGCUACCGUCACCAAACCCUAGCAAAUCGUCUACCUCCUCGCAAUGGACCCCGCCUCGAUCACCAUACAACCUGGUCCAGGAAAGCUUGUUCCACGAUCCCUGGAAACAUCUCGUAGCUACCAUCUUCCUCAACAGAACCAAAGGAUCGAAAGCCAUCCCUGUUCUCUGGCAGUUCUUUCAAACUUGGGACACACCAGAGAAGACUCGAUCAGCUGACUGGCAGUCGAUCGCUGAUCUAAUACAACCACUGGGCCUUCAUACGAAGCGCGCAAAGAUGCUCAUUCAAUUUUCUGAUGAGUUUCUGACUAAAGACUGGACUUAUCCUAUCGAGUUGUCCGGCAUUGGGAAAUAUGGCAACGACUCCUAUAGAAUCUUCUGCGUCAACGAAUGGAAAGAGGUCAAACCACAGGAUCACAUGCUCAACAAGUACCAUGACUGGCUAUGGGAGAACCACGAAAGACUAGGACUAUGACGUCAUCUUUCUAUAUGAGCGUCAGAUUAUGUCUUUGAUUGUUAUAUUUAGAUUUCACUCGACACAAUUAUAUGUGAUCUGUUACUGAAAUAUUGUUAGACUUGUAUAAUCAUGUAUGUAUAUACCCCGUGACUCUGAAGCAUUUAAUCGCCGUGCUUCUUGAUCUUACUUUAAUGCGUAUAAUAAGAACCAUUUUACGUCGAUAAAGUUGUGCACAAACUAUUAUGGCAUAGAUUUUCUCCUCGCUAUAUUUGUAUUGAAACGGUUGGUAUCUUUUCUCUGAAUCAUUUUUAAUAAAUGAUCAUAAAUAUGCAUGGAACUAUAUACUGAGGCUGUAUUCGAGGCUGUUCAUGUAUGAAGAUAAUCGUUACAUCAUCAAAUGUGAUUUUACGAAUGGUUAGAUAUCUGAGUCUGCUUUUCAUGUAGAUAGUUACUGAUUCGUCUUUCAGAGGUAAAAGUGUUGAAGCAGCGAAAAUUGAACACGAAUGAACGAAUUUGUUUUAGCUUUUUAAAUGUUUGAUAAACAUUGUUUAAUAAGAAUGGUAUACGAAUCACGACUGUGGUGUACAAUGAACAAACUUUCUACAUAUAUUCAUAAGAUCUUGUAUACCUAUAUAUUAUAACACAUCAAAUAUGAAUGAUCGAAAUACAAACUAUUUGAGAGGAAUCAUGAAUGUUUAAGGUAUUUAUAGAUAACCAUUCUGUAUCUGCAAUCCUUUAAAAAAAAUUGUGUAAAUAAUUUUUCCCAUAUCAGGAUUUUACGGUAUACAUUAAUUCUACCUCAUAAAAUCACACAAUAUUGAGAGAGAGGUUGUUUUCACGCAUCAUCACUGCUCAUAUUAAUUUUCAUUGUGCCCAUCCUUGCGUAGACUAAACUAAUGUCAUCCAUCUAAAUUUAGACAUAACUAUAGAAAUACAUAUUAUACAUGAAAAGCGUUUUAAACUGUCCAUUAUACCAGUGAACUGGACACCGAUUGUUGAAAUUUAAAUGUGUAUAUACAUUCAUAUAAACAAAUUGUAGAUCAUGUACUUUUAUCGUGAAUAUGGUGAACAAUAAAUAAUUUCGUUAAUACAAGUAA